CGACCAGCCAGUGGUCACUAGAGCAGAUAAAGACUGAAUAUGCUGAUGUAUUCAGGGGUGAUGGCUGCCUGGAGGGUGAGUACAAAAUAGAGAUUGACAACACUGUUAAACCUGUACAGCUCCCAAAAAGAAGGGUUCGAGUAGCCAUGAUGAAACCUUUGAAGGAAGAGCUGCAAGAUCUGCAGAGGAGAGGAAUCAUUAUGCCAGUAGAGAGGAGCACGAAUUGGAUCAGUAGUAUGGUGGUCGUACAGAAGCCCAGCGGCAGUCUCAGAGUAUGUAUAGAUCCAAGACCUUUAAACAGAGCUUUAAAGCGCAGUCAUUUCCCACUACCUACUAUUGAUGACAUACUCCCUGAACUGUCAAAAGCCAAAGUGUUUACUGUGUGCGAUGUUAAAAGUGGAAUCUGGCACGUCAAGCUGGAGGAAGACUCCAGCUAUCUCACCACAUUUUCUUCCCCGUUCGGCAGGUAUCGAUGGCUGCGCAUGCCCAUGGGCAUAAGUCCGGCCCCUGAAAUCUUUCAGAGGAAGCUCACAGUCACAUUAGAGGGCCUGCCAGGAGUAUACAUCAUUGCUGAUGAUAUUCUCAUUACAGGACAAGGAGAGACACAAGAAUCAGCUGAGAGAGACCAUGAUGAAAAACUGAAAGCAUUUCUAGCACGAUGCAGAGAGAAAGGUAUCAAGCUAAAUGCUGAUAAGUUCAAAUUGAGACAAAGAGAAGUCUUUGCAAACACUGAUUAAAACUAUACUACAAGGUUGGCCAAAGAACAAGGCUGACACACCACAAGAAAUAGGUCAUUAUUACCUGUUUCAAGAGGAGUUGAGCUACCAGGAUGGCAUUGUUUUCAGAGGAAAACGAGCUGUUAUCCCUAAGCAGCUUUGGAAGGAAAUAACACGAUGUAUACACUCUUCGCAUUUAGGUGUGGAUGGAUGCCUGAGGAGGGUCAGAGAGUGUGUGUACUGGCAAGGAAUGAAUGAGCAGAUCAAAUCACAUGUACAGCAGUGUGACACCUGCCACGCAGUGGACUGUAACCAGCAAAAGGAGACGCUGCGUCCACAUGAAAUGCCGGAUAGACCUUGGGCCAAGGUAGGCACUGACCUGUUUACUUUUGACAACAAGGAUUAUCUAAUUACUGUAGACUAUUAUUCAAAUUUUGGGGAAAUUGAUUACCUGACAGACACCAAAUCGACUACUGUUAUAAGAAAGCUGAAAGGUCACUUUGCCCGCCAGGGUAUUCCAGACAUCGUCAUCUCUGACAAUGGCCCACAGUUUUCAUCACAGGAGUUUCAGAAGUUCAGUGACCAUUGGGCAUUUCUUCAUAAAACUUCUUCAUCACCUGGCUAUCCUCAGAGUAAUGGCAAGGCAGAAUCAGCAGUCAAAACUGCCAAGAGAUUGAUGCGUAAAGCACAAAUGUCAAGACAGGAUCCAUAUCUAGCAAUCCUAGAUCAUAGAAACACACCAACACACGGAUUGUCAACCAGCCCAGCACAGAGAUUACUGAGCCGUCAGACAAAGACGCUUCUACCCACGAAAAACCAGCCUCCUACAACCAAAGAUUCAGAAUUCUUUGAAAGAAUUGAUAACAAAUCAACAACGGCAACAAACAUACUACAACAGAUCAGCCAAAGACUUAGACACACUAAAACGAGGUGACCCUGUCAGAAUACAACCAUUUGAGCCUCAUAAGAUCUGGAGAAAGGGGACGGUGGUGGAGCCCAUUGACUCAAGAUCGUACAAUGUCCAGUUGGAGUCUGGAGGUGUUAUAAGGAGAAACAGGAGACAUCUCCGAAGGGACCAGGGAAUGACCCUCAGAGUCUCCAACCAAACAGAGACGGUUGUUGCUGACAAUACAGAACACGCAGGAACUGCAGAUUCUCAAUCACAAACAUCCAACAAUGUGGAAAAUCAGAUGCAGAACACCAAACAGACAGACAUCCCAGCAUCUAAUGUCACGAAAGCAGGGCGAUUGAUAAACAAACCGCAAUACUUAAAAGACUAUAUCACAAGUUAAAAAAAGAAGAAAAAAGAAAUGUGAAACUGUCCUAAGGAAAUGUGAUAUUAAUAUACAGAAGUUAUAAGGAAAUGUAUCUUAUGUUCGUAUCAGAAAUCAAGAGCUGUUCAGAAUGCUAGUUACAUGUAGCAAGUUGAGAUGACACAUAAAACAAAACCUAGAAGAAAAAACUAGAGGUAAACAAGUGACUUAAAAUGCAUUUUAACCAACUCAACAAUGCACAAACUAUAGCACUGGACUGACAAAGAUCAUAAACUCUGGUCAAACCAUACUGAAGACACACAGGAACUCGAGGAAAAGGUCAAGAAAUGCUCAGGUUCAGAAUCUUGCAUUCCUUUCAAUGCUUGCUGAGAUGUAAAAUGAAACUGAAACUUUAUGUAGCAGUUAGCCAGUUGCUGGUUACUAGUAUAGCGUCAAAUCAAAGAUGAAAGUGAUGAGUUCAUUUCUCAGGAAACACACGUGCACACAUACAUGUAGGAUGAAAUGUGUGAAAUGAUACGUGUUGUGUUGUGAUAGCACUGGAGGACUGUUCAUGUGCUCAUGCUGACAUGACACUCACAUUUCACACUCAUGCAGUGUGUAAACCAAGCUGCUCUUAUUCCUCAAAAAUGAAACUUAUUGUAAGAUAUGCAGCAGCAAACAGAUUAUUUCCUUUCAGUAAACACAGGCAUGAUAUCUGUGGAAAUUUGCAGAUCUGAGGUUUAUAAGUGAAAGCCUGACCUGUCAAGUGAUUGUAAACUAAAGCAUAUAUAAAUAAGUCCCCCUGCUCCCACAUCUCAGAGCUCUGCAUCUGCAUCUGACAAAGAGACUGGAACAUGAGCAGUUUCAAAGUAAUCCUUUUAGUCAGCAUCAGCACACAAUGUUUGAUGUGUGCAGCCACUGUGAAUGUGACUGUCCAGCUGGAGCAGAAUAUUACUCUGCCCUGUUACAUUAACUCCAGCUCUGAGAUGGCAUGGUAUCGACUGAGCUCUGAGAAGAUUGCUUUACUCAUAUCUGCAGCAAGAGGAAACCUUCAAAAAAAGGAUUUGAUUACUUACCAUAAUGAGGAUCAAAGUCACUUUGGGCUGGAAGCAGACAGGGGGCUUGACUCCAUCAGCCUAGUCAUCAUUGGGGUCAGAGAGUCAGAUCUGGGGCUGUACUACUGCGCUCUUGGCAUCAGUGCGAAGACAAUGCAUUUUGGGACUGCUAUCAGACUCACAUUUGCAGACGCUGAAGCGAACCGCUCAUCAGUUAGCGUGGGCUGCAGGACACAUCUGCUCUGUGCCUAUGUUGUAUGUGGUUUCUGCACUAUUCUCUGCGUGUGUGUGCUUUGUUUCAAGCAAGGUUCUUCCAGGGUCAACUGCAUCAGCUGUGUGAAAGAAAACUCAAAUGUCAGGGCAGCACAAGUACAGUACUCCAGUCUGCGUUUCCUCAGACAACCCAGAACCACGGCUCCUGCUCCUGCUCCAGUCAACGUGACCUACGCAACUAUAGCCAACCACACAUCCUGAUUUAUUCAGCUUCAUAUUAAACAGACACAGCUGUAGAUGUCUACUAUACCUUCACCUAUACCAAAGCCUGUGAAAAAAAAACGAAACCUUUUUAUAUUGUUUUUGAAGUAAGUUUAUUUUGCUCACCAAGGCUGAAUUUGAUUUCAAUACAGUAAAUAAUGUGACAUUUUUGUUAAAGUUUUCUAUUUGAAUAUAUUUAAAAUAUAUAUUUUUAGGAUUCUUUGAUACAGUAGAUGGAAAUUCCAAAAGAACCGCAUUAAUGUAAAAAUAAAUCUUUUGUAGCAUAAACG